UCCCUCCCCCAUUCCUUCUCUCUCAUCAUUUACCAUUGGCUAAUCUUUCUCUCUCUUCUUCCCCAUGCUCAUGGUUUGUUUUGCAAGCGCUUCUCAUCCCCUGCAAAAAUCUCGCUCCCUCCCUCUCUAGAACCUCCGUACGGCCCCCCUCUCUCUCUCUCUCCUCUCUUUCUCUCUCUAGCCAUCUCCAUUUACACUCUCCCCGUUUCGCUGCUCCGGGAGCGCGUCGCCGCGGCGGGUGUGAACGCGGCCGCGCGUUUGACUUCCCCGCUUCAACCCUCCCGGAAACCCUAAUCACGCCGGCGCCCUCGGCUGCUCCGAGCUCCCCGCUGCUCGCUCCCCGGUGGCCCCGGCCCCCAGCCCCCAGCCCCCUGCCUGCCGGCGUCUUUGGGGCCCGAGACGCGGCGCUCCGCUUCCUGGCGAUUGCCAGCGUUGGGUCGCCGAAGGCUGCGCCGGCGUCGGUCGAGGAUUUUCGGCGAGACGAGGGGGUCCUCUGAUCUGGUCGCCGAUCGCUGGGGCCAGCGUAGCUGCGUGCGAGGUUUGGUUGAUCUGCCGGUAAUACGGGUUUUGUGUUAGGCGGGGCUGUUUUGCGGGUUGGAGUUGAGAAUUGGCUCUCUAUAGGCCUUCGUUUCCGCCUGGCGGUGGCGAUUUUUGCAUCCUGAUAUAGCUUCCGAGAGCUUUUCUGAGCAGGAAUUGUUCGUCCGUGGAAAGGCUGAAAGUCGGUUGCUUUGACCUCUUUCCACUUUGAUCUCCCCACCCUAGGCUGGGGAAUUAGGGUUUGAUCUGCUUUUCGUACCUCAUCAAAGCAAAUCUCCUCUAGAUUCCGUACCCUUCGUAAGUUUGCGAGUUCUUGGGUCUGGGCAUGUUCUCUAUAUUUGUAAGAUAGUAGUCCUCCCCGUUGGCUAGUCAAUUUAAAGAGUUAUCACUCUCUGGAGGCCCGAUUUCCUUUUCAGUUAUGUAGCGAGUAUUUAAAGUAGGUUUUGGUGCUUUUGGAACUGCAUCGGUUGUUUGGGUGAAAAUGUCCGGAGAAGGGUGUUGUUUUGUUGAGUGGAAAGAGCAAUUUGUCUCUUCGGAGCGUGGCAACCGUGUGGUUCACUAUUUUUUGAAGGAUUCUGCUGGGCAAACAAUCCUUGCCGUUGUCGGAACAGAGAGGAGCGUCAGGCAUAUGUUCUAUGUUGUUGCUGAUGAGUUUGUGCAAGCGUAUGGCAGUCAAUGUUCAAUACACGCUGGCUUCAAGUGGAGAUCGAGAAGAGAGGUUGUUGAUUGGCUGACAUCUAUGAUAUCAAAACACCGUGGAUCCCCAAAAAAUGAUAAGUCACAUGCUCUGAGAAAUUUUGAGUUUCCUCUGAAGAGGUCACUAGGUCAAGUUUCAGAUUGCCAGGGUCGUCCGGCGAGCAUACUUGGUGGGCAUACCUCAGAAAUUGUGUGGUCAGGUACUUCAUGGACAUGUGGUAAACAACUGAAGCAUUACCCAUCAUUCUGCCGGAACGGGAUUACAAUAGCUAUUCAUUCGUUUGUAUUCGUCAUGGGCAAGGGAGAGACUCGCUAUCUUGCUUAUUUGGAAGACAUGUAUGAAGACAGAAGGGGACAGAAAAAGGUCAAAAUAAGGUGGCUUCACUACAGUGAUGAAGUCAAGGGUGUAACACCUAUACGAAAUCCUCAUCCCAAGGAAGUUUUCAUAACGCCUUAUGCACAGGUCGUCAGUGCAGAAUGUGUUGAUGGUCCUGCUACAGUUCUGACACGCGAACAUUACAAUGAGUGUGUGGCUGCUGUUCCUCAAGCAUUAUCAUCCAAAAUAUACCAAUGUUUCAGACAGUUCAGAAAUAACAAAGUGAAGUCAUUUGAGCUUAGCAAAUUGAGGGGCUAUUUCGAUCAGCCCAUUCUCUCUUGUUUCCUUUCCAAUCCCUUGCAAAAGCCAGACACAGCAUCGAAUGGUCUGACUGGGGAGGAAGACGAAGAUUUAACCUCAGGUCCUGAUGUUAAGGUGGGUGGUAAGAGGACAAGAAGCUGCAGAGGUUACAAGAGGUGUGUUGCAGCUUAUUCUGGAGUAAAAAGAUCUAGAAGGGAUUUUGCUAAUCCAACAUAUGAACCUGCAAAUAAGAACUUAAUUGAUGGUUUGUUGGCUCAGAGGUUGCUAUCUCUUAAGCAUGUUAACUCUCAGCCUCGUUUUACUCCACAAUUUAAAGUUGGUGAAAAGAUCGAAUUGCUAUGCCAAGAUAGUGGCAUCCGAGGCUGCUGGUUCAGGUGUACCAUUUUGCAGGUGACUAGAAAGCAGCUGAAAGUCUGUUAUGAUGACUUGAAGGAUGACGAUGGAAGCACCAAUCUUGAGGAGUGGAUACCUGCGGUCAAAUUUGCUGCUCCUGAUAAGCUUGGGAUGAGGGUGCCAGGCCGCCAAACAAUCCGGCCGAUUCCAUCUUCUGUUGAUCAAAUUAAACCACCUCUUGAUGUUGGAGUGGCGGUUGAUGCAUGGUGGAGUGAUGGCUGGUGGGAAGGGGUUGUAAUAGGGGUCAAUAACUGUGAAGACGAUAAUAUAAAAAUUUAUUUUCCUGGUGAAAACUUCAUGAGCACACAAAUGAAGUAUUUGCGGAUUUCUAGAGAUUGGGUGGGGGACACAUGGAUUGAUAUCGAGGCUAAGAAGGAUAUUCUUUCGGCCAUAAAUUCUGCUAAUGCCCUGGAGUCUAAGCUUUCAGCAUCAUCAACUGUGAUCAAAGAAGUCAAGAGUGAUGAUGUUGCUGGUUCAGAGGCUGACGCAACUACCGUCAUUGAAGUCAUUUGUGAUGAAGGGAAACUCAACUGUGCCACAACUGCUUCUAAUGGCCUUGCAGAAGAUGUAGACCCUGCUGAUGACAAGAAUCCAUCACCAUUGAUACAUGAAAGCAAUGAAGAUGAUGAUUACUACAAAAUCAAUGACAUUCGCAAUCUCGAAGGUGAUGUCGGAGGUAGUGAUGAUAAUGAUGACAUUGACGAUGAUGAUGUGGAAGAUGAUGUGCAAAGUGAAGAUGACAAUGCCCUAGAUAUGGAUGCAUCGGAAACUUCUGCACAAAAUUGUAAGCUGGUGGAGAUUAUGGAAGUGGUAGCAUGACAAGUGAUGCUGUUUCGUAGGAGAAUAAUGGAGAACUCCAUUUGGCAUAGGAAAUAUUUGGCAGUAGCUGUGCCAAAUGCGUAAAGUCACGGUAACAUUAUGUCCAGUCUUGUAAAUAUCAACAGCUAUCUUGAUCGCUGCUCUAGCUGUAUGUAUUGUAGUGGGUUUAGGAUUACCAAGGUCUCAGUUUCAACUAAUUGUUUUCGAAGUCUAGAUAUAGAAGCUUGGCAUAUGGUCUUUUUUUGUAGAGGGGCCAUGAAAUGUAGCGGGUGUUUCCACAAUUAUUACCGCCUGUUCUUCUGUUAGUGCUGGAUCAAUGUAUGAUCACCUAUAUUGUGUACCAGAGGUUGUUUCCUCUUUGAUCUUCAAGUCAUAAUUUCUUCUUACUGCUGAAAAGUUUGUA